GCCGCCGAGGAGGCCGGAAAUAGCCGCGUUUGGUCCCCUUCCUCUCCCCCCACAGUGCCUCUGUGAAGUCAGGAGAUGGCAGUGAUGGGGAUCGCCUGCCAAAGUGCUCCAGUCCCAACCGCUGGGCACCCGAAGGAGCUGGCCAUGGCCAAGGGGCCUCAGGAGACGGUGGUCGAGAAGAAGAGCAGCGUCUGCAAAGUCGACAGUCCAGAGAAGGAGGUGCUGCCAGGGCCAUGGAAGAUCCUGAGUGACGUGAUCGCCAAGGGAACGGCCAAGGAAGACAGUGGGGAAGGGAGCCUGGCCUCCGUGUCCAUCAUCGCCCAGGCAGAGUGUGAGAACAGCCAAGAGUUCAGCCCCACUUUUUCUGGAAGGCCUUUUAUUGCUUGUAAACGAUACAGCCGGUCUUGCAGUCUCGAUCAGAUCCCCAACAAUGUGGCCCGCGCAACCGAGGGGAAGAUGGCCCCAGCCUAUCGGAGGGCCCUGCACCGCGGCAAAGCACGGAAGAACCGGAAGAAGAAAAAGGCCCGCCUGACGACGACCCCUGCCCCAACUCGGAAGCCAAGGACCCCCGAGCAGGAGAGCUGUGUGCCUGUCCCAGUGCAGGAGGAUGACUCCCACUUGGGCACCUUCUUCAGCAGCAGUUCAUGGUGUUUGGAGUCACGCAAGGAUCUGGCCUGCGAUCUUGACCCUUCCGAUAAACCUGGCGGUGUCCUCCGUCCUGGCAAGCUGCCCUUGCUGAAGGACCACGGCAAACUAGAGCUGUACAAGCUGAUCAGCCCCGCUCAGUGCCUGGACCAUGUCUGGAAGUGCCACACUCAGGACAAUUUAGCCCGUCCAUCAGAGACCCUGGGCUUCAGUUAUGGCAAGUUCUCCCCUCCUUUCCGUGACCGUGGUGACUGGCUUCCUGCCUUGAGACUUGGCCCUCUGGAGACGUAUCUCUUUGACGACCUUUCGCGUGCCAACGUUGAGCGUCACCUGUCAGGCCUGAGCUUGGAGCAGAGCUUCUCCAAAUGCAGCCAUCAGUCCUCCAAAGCCACCUCAGACUUUGUAGAGGAAUUCCUGGUAGAUGCAUUGAAAGGAAGCGUCGUUCUUGGAGAGCCGAGGAACUUGGCUGGUUUGGCCAAGACUUGGCAGGGAUGUGGAUCGGGCUCCAAGGAGACGGAUGAGAAUGAAGGUGUGCUGCUGAUAGAGAAACUCAAAGCCGUGGACUAUGAGUACCGUGAAGAGGUUCACUGGUCCAAGGGCCAGGGUUUCCUCGGCAUGGGAUCCUUUGGGGAGGUGUACCAAGUAAAAGACAAGCAGACAGGCUUUCAGUGUGCAGCCAAAAAGGUGCGCGUUGAAAACUUCCGUGCAGAGGAGUUGACGACAUGCACCGGGGUGGCCCAUGCCAAAAUCCUUCCCUUGUAUGGAGCAGUGAAGGAAGGCCCGUGGGUUACUAUUUUCAUAGAACUGAUGGAAGGUGGGUCGCUCAGCCAUCUGCUCAAGCAGUGUGGUUCCCUGCCGGAGGACAGGGCCCUGGACUACCUGGCUCAGGCGCUGGAAGGCUUGGCGUACCUUCACUCUCGCAACGUCCUCCAUGGCGACAUGAAAGCCGACAAUGUCCUCUUAUCCAGUGACAGAAGCCACGCCGUUCUCUGUGACUUUGGCCACGCGGCUCACCUCCGGCCAGACAGCACUGGGAAGUAUGUGGUGACAGGGGAUUAUGUCCUUGGCACGGAGACCCACCUGGCCCCUGAGGUGGUGAUGGGAAAGUGUUGCGACUUGAAGGUGGACGUCUGGAGCAGCUGCUGCAUGUUGCUGCAUCUGCUGAACGGGUGUCACCCAUGGACCCGGUACUUCAAUCACCCUCUGUGUCUCAAGAUAGCCAAAGAACCACCCCCUCUGAAGGAAAUCCCGCCCUCCUGUCACCCAUUCACUGUGAAUGUGAUUCAGGCCGGCCUGCAGAAGGAGCCCCAGAAGCGGGCUGGUGCCGCAGAGCUGAGAGUUAAAGCCUGUGCAGCUUUGGAACAGGUGGGGGGCCUGAAGAGCCCCUGGGGAGGAGAACGCAGAGAGCCCAGGCACCCCCCGUGGGCACCAAGCCCCACGUUCCCAGACCACCCACAAACAGCCGGGCCGGUGCCCGAGACUCCCGUGAGCCUCACACCAUUUGCCAGAAGCCCCGGCCCACCCCUCAACCCUCAGGGACUACUGGAGAAGACCCAGUUCACCUCCUCGAGCCCGCGCAAGGAAUGGUUGCAGCCGUGGGAUUCUGCCCCGCUCGGCACCAAGCGAGGCAGCUGGCGAGACUGGCGAGACGCCACUUUGGAGCAGGAGUUCCAGCAGCUGGAACUAGAGCUGGUUCUGAACCGCCUGGCUCAUCCCGUCUGCCUGGAGGAGCAGGAGCAAAUCCUUUCGUGCCUCAGCCUGGGCAGUCCCCUCCUGCCGGAUGCCAGCGACAAGGGCUCGAUGAAAGCACUCUCUCUCAGCCUGAAGGACACCAUGAGUUCGGGCGUGCAUUCGUGGAGCAGCCAGCCAAACGGGCAGAGCCACAGCUGGAACAGCUGGCUGCAUCGCAGCAGACCGACGGAGACGCCGCCUUCCUUGGACGGGGUGAAAAUUGAGAUCCACUUGCUCAGCGGGGAGGCUCUCCAUAUCCGUGAAUUCCGUGGAGCCAAGGUGGGACAGGUGGCCACUGGGAUCAGCAGCCAGAUCCCAGCCUCUCCGUUCAGCUUUUUCACCAAGGAAGGCCAGCCGGUUCAUUGUGACGUGGAGGUCCCCGAUUCAGGCAUCGAGCUCCAGUGCAUUCUGGCUCCCGACUGCAGCUCUGGCUGGCGAUGGAGAGUCAGGCGGGGGCAGCUGGAGAUCCGGUCCUAGGGGUGCCGGCGCCUUCUUUCCCUUCCUUGGUCCCCCCUGCAUCCAGGAGGGAUGACUGGAGGUCGGUCAGCACCUGGUGGCUGUGUGUGCGUGCGUGUGUGGCACUUUAGCUAGACGUAGAGGCGCCAUCCCUUGCUGGCUUUUUGACUGCGUCAGGUCCACUCGCGUAAGAGAGAGGGAGGUUCUGAGCUCCAGCGAACAGACAUGUGAAAUGGCUGGACCCUGAUCCAGGAACCCUCUGGAAGGACACCACCACUCUGCGGUUUCCCAGACAGGCCUCUGGUUUCCUAACCCCAGCGUCUUCUACCUGUCUCAAGGGAAGUACUGACGACCCGGUCUGUGGAAGUCAGAAAGCCUCCUUAUCCCCAAAGACGGGAAAUAUCUUACAGUUAUGCUCUCUUCUAGAGGCCAGAAUCUGGUAGGAGAUGUGUCGCUGUCACUCCUGUGACACAGGGCUUGGAGUGCUGGCCUUCGAUGGGCAUGGCCUGGGUCAGGCCCGUAGCUACCACAGGGCCCAAGGGGCCUGCUUCCCCCCCAAGGUUUUUAUGGGCCCUUCCCCAAUCUUCGACUUCCCCUCCCUCCCCCCUCCUCCAGGGACCUGCGAGCCUCCCUGGCCAGCUGCAAAGCAUCAGCUCCUCUGGCCUACUUAACCAAGAGCUCAGCCCCACCGACUUCCCCACUGGUGUCCAGGAGCCCACGCCGAGUACCAUAGGCGGUGGCCAAUGCAGCCGGCCACUCACUCUCUGCUCCUGCCCGGGGCCGCCUGUUGCAGCAGGCUGCUCGGUGCUCUGACAGCAUCAGCAGGUUCGGGUGACUCCCGCUGUGCUUCUCUCUCCCUGACUCCGCCAGCCUUCGUGGCUUCAGGCUUCCCUUCCC